AAUAUUUUUCGUAAACGAUUUUAUUGUAGUAAAAUAAAAAUAAAUUAAGGUUUACGUCCCGAUUUUAGCCUCCAGCCACUUCCAGUGUUGCUGCAUCUCACCACCACCCUUUUCCUUCAAUUAUUUGAUACGGGGUUCAAGUCCCAUCCCAGCAAGUUCAUAUUUUUGGGGCGGAUCUCAUUUUACAAUAUUUAUUUUUUGGCCCAACCUCAAUUUGUGGAACCCUAACAUUGGAAGAGACAGUAAUUGCAUUGCAUCAUCUAUAUCGUUUCGAAUUGGGGUUAGUUUCCUGACUCAAAUCUCUUGUCUUGAUGUUGAAAACAUUGAAAUCCCCAAUCCAUGUGACUAGAACUAUAUCAGUUUGCAUCAAAAUCCAUUCUUUUCCACUAUGUUCAACAGCACUUGGAAAAAAUUUCAAUGACAAUGAACCUGAGACUGAGAGUGACACGGAAUGGGAGAGAGUUCUCAAACCUUUUGACCUCAAACACCUUCAAAGGUCACUCAAUCCAAUUACCCCAUCUCAGCUUUGUAAAUUGUUGGAACUCCCUCUUGAUAUUCCUACUUCAAUGGAGUUGUUUGAAAAAGCUGGUUCCCAAAGAGGGUAUUGCCACUCCUUUCAUGUUUACUAUCUUUUAAUUGAUAAGCUUGGUGCUGUUGGAGAGUUCAAAACUAUAGAUAAGUUGUUGAAACAAAUGAAAGAAGAAGGUGUUGUGUUUAAAGAAUCACUUUUUAUUUUGAUUAUGAGAUGUUAUGGGAAGGCUGGUUUCCCUGGUCAAGCAACUAGACUUUUGUUGGAUAUGUGGGGUGUUUAUUCUUGUGAACCAACAUUUAAGUCUUAUAAUGUUGUGUUGGAGAUUCUUGUUGCUGGAAAUUGUCCUAAGGUAGCACCUAAUGUUUUUUAUGACAUGUUGAGUAGAGGUAUUUCGCCAACUGUUCAUACAUUUGGGGUGGUUAUGAAAGCAUUUUGUAUGAUUAAUGAGGUUGAUUCCGCUUGCUCGCUUUUAAGGGAUAUGACGAAGUAUGGUUGUGUUCCGAAUUCGAUUAUCUACCAAACCCUGAUUCAUGCUCUUUCUGAAAACAAUAGAGUGAAUGAUGCAAUGAAGCUUUUGGAGGAAAUGUUUCUAAUGGGUUGUGAACCUGAUGUUCAGACCUUCAAUGAUGUUAUUCACGGACUUUGUAGGGCCGGUCGGAUUCAUGAGGCAGCAAAGUUGCUUGAUCGAAUGCUCCUCCGAGGUUUUGCCGCGGAUGCUCUAAUUUAUGGAUAUUUGAUGCAUGGUUUGUGUAGGAUGGGACAAGUUGAUGAAGCAAGGGCCUUGCUAAACAAAAUUCCCAACCCAAAUACAGUGCUUUAUAAUACAUUGAUUAAUGGUUAUGUUGUUAGCGGAAGGUUUGAAGAGGCCAAGGAUCUUUUGUAUAAUAACAUGGUAAUUGCAGGCUAUGAGCCUGAUGCAUUCACGUUUAACAUAAUGAUCGAUGGACUUUGCAAGAAGGGGUAUUUGGUCUCUGCUCUUGAGUUCUUAAAUGAGAUGGUAGAGAAAGGUUUUGAGCCCAAUGUGAUCACAUACACUAUAUUGAUAAAUGGAUUCUGUAAGCAGGGUCGGUUAGAGGAAGCUGCUGAAGUUGUAAAUAACAUGUCAGCAAAGGGUCUCAGUCUGAAUACUGUGGGCUACAAUUGCUUGAUUUGUGCUCUCUGCAAAGAUGGGAAGAUUCAAGAUGCCUUGCAGAUGUAUGAUGAAAUGUCAAGCAAAGGAUGUAAACCUGAUAUUUACACAUUCAAUUCUUUAAUAUAUGGACUAUGCAAGACCGAUAAGAUGGAAGAAGCCUUGGGUUUGUAUCGCGACAUGUUCUUGGAGGGUGUUAUUGCUAACACUGUAACGUACAACACAUUGAUUCAUGCGUUUCUUAGGGGGGAUUCAAUUCAACAAGCAUAUAAGCUUGUUGAUGAAAUGAUAUUCAGAGGGUGUCCCCUCGACAAUAUUACUUAUAAUGGCCUUAUUAAAGCUCUCUGUAAAACUGGGGCAAUAGAGAAAGGUUUGGGAUUGCUUGAAGAAAUGCUUGGGAAAGGGAUUUUUCCAAGUAUUAACUCUUGUAAUAUUCUGAUCAAUUCCUUCUGUAGGAUUGGAAAAGUAAAUGAAGCUCUUCAGUUUCUUCGGGAUAUGAUUCAUCGUGGUUUGACACCAGAUAUAGUCACUUAUAACUGUUUGAUUAAUGGUCUUUGCAAGACUGGUCGUGUUCAGGAGGCUUUGAACCUUUUUAACAGACUACAAGCCGAAGGAACUCGUCCUGAUGCUGUUACAUAUAACACACUGAUCAGUAGGUACUGUUAUGAGGGUUUGUUUAAUGAGGCAUGUCUACUUUUAUACAAAGGUGUGAAUAAUGGGUUUAUACCAAAUGAAAUUACUUGGUCAAUUUUGAUAAGUUAUUUUGUGAAAAAGUAUCAAAGGGACUAAGACAUUGUUCUAGGUUGAUUUGGUGGAAUGGAGAGCUUCUUCUCAUUAAAAGGACAAUUUGGUGCUUUAAAGCUCCUGCCAUAGCAGAUUCCAUGGAAACAAGAAUGAGAAGGUACUAGGUUUUGAAGCUUGUAUAACAGACUGUAGAUUGAAGGAGCUUCUGGAGACUGAGAAUAGAAGGGCUGGUGCAAAGAGGAAGAGAGCAGCCGAAGCUUGGGCGUUGCUGGAGGAAGAAGAGAAUAAGGGGAUGCAGAUUGCAAGAAUUGAAGCAGAGAAGGCUGAGGAGUAUAGGAUUCAGACGGGUUGAAUCUGAAAAGCGCAAGAUAUUAGCAGAGAAAAGAAAAACCGAAUUAGGGAUGGCAAAAGCUAUCAAAAAGUUGAAGGUUGAAAAGCAUAGGACCAUUGAGAUGGUUAAAUUAGAGGAGCAGAAGGCCCUUGCAGAAGACAACUGGAACAAGUUCACGGAAGAGAAAUGUCGUACUGAUCAGAUGUCUCACCAGCUCCAAUAGAAUUCAAAUGUCACGAGACAGCAUGCAAUAUAGAUUUGUCCCAGAUGCAUAAUCAAUUCGAGAAGGAGCUUCUGGAACCUUGCUGCACAUCAAUGGACGUGUGUGAUCCCUUGAUGAUAAACAUGCAGCCUCAUCCACAUCUUGCUCUAUCUGGUGGAAAUUACUCUGAAGCCAUCACAGACAGUUGAUGGGUUCACAGGAAACAACUACAUUUCCAGUUACUGCUUCAGCAGAGUUGACUUGAGAUCUUUAAUGCAAGAUAAAUGGCAAAGAAGAGGCUAAAGCUGAUGUAUGUGAUGCAAAUGUCUAUACACAUUUUCUUCCCUGCCUCAUGCUUUAGAAAUCACUCAAGCAUGCAAGUAGAGGAUACCUGAUGAUAUAAAUAAUUUUUAAUUAUUUGGUUGGUUAGUUUUGAGAAAGUGGCUGAUAUGAAAAUGUUAGAAUUGGAAAAUGCUGCUGAUGAGGAAUGCUGUAAAUGAGCUGGUUGCUGAUGAGGAAUGCUAUAAAAGAGCUGUUGAUUUUCCAUUGUCUCCAUCUCUUCCUGAAACUAGGUUUCAUGAAACAUAUGAUGAGUCCCUUUUUCAGAGGAAGUGUGCACUCCGUGAUGACAUUUUGAGUUGAAUUCAAGUUAUUUAAUGACUAUAUUAUCUAAAACAAUAUAUUUUUAAAUAAAAAAAAUAAAGUCAUGUCACAGUGGGUGUGGUUUAGUUGGUUGCGAUGAACUUGUUGAGGAGCACCAAAGUUUGAUCCCCACAAAACUCAUUCUUGAGAAGGGUUGAAGAGCUUUAAGCUAUACGACCUAACUACCCCUAGAAGGGACUAAUCUCAUAUCCAAUUUGAAUGACUGAAGCUUGCGGGAUACUAUAUGCAGCCACUGGAAUGCCAAAGACCAUAAUUACACCCAAAUAA